CGGGGAAGAGGCAGAUGUCCGAAGGAGGGCCUCCCCUACCCCGACGGCCAGCAGGGCCAUUGGAGCUGGACCAGGACCCAGAGACACCCAAGGAGUCAGUGUCCUGUGAGGGCUCAUUAUGAAGCGGGAUCUAGCUCUAAUUGGCCUGGCCUUCCUGUCACUGCUCCCAUCUGGACAUCCUCAGCAGACGCCAGAGGACGCCUGCUCCGUGCAGAUUCUCGUCCCAGGCCUCAAAGGGGAUGCUGGUGAGAAGGGAGACAAAGGUGCACCUGGACGUCCUGGAAGAGUUGGCCCCACAGGAGAAAAAGGAGAUGCAGGUGACAAAGGACAGAAAGGCAGUGUGGGUCGCCAUGGAAAAAUCGGUCCCAUUGGUUCUAAAGGUGAAAAAGGAGAUUCUGGUGACAUAGGACCCCCUGGUCCAAAUGGAGAGCCAGGCAUCCCAUGUGAAUGCAGCCAACUCAGGAAGGCCAUCGGGGAGAUGGACAACCAGGUCACCCAACUGACAACGGAACUAAAAUUCAUAAAAAAUGCACUGCCCUCCCCCGCAGCUGUUGCCGGAGUGCGAGAGACGGAGCACAAGAUCUACCUGCUGGUCAAGGAGGAGAAGAGGUACGUGGACGCGCAACUGUCGUGCCAGGGCCGCGGAGGCACCCUGGGCAUGCCCAAGGACGAGGCCGCCAACAGCCUCAUGGCCAGCUACAUCACGCAGGCCGGUCUGGCGCGCGUCUUCAUCGGCAUCAACGACCUGGAGCGGGAGGGCACCUUCAUCUACUCUGACCGCUCGCCCAUGCAGACCUUCAACAAGUGGCGCAGCGGGGAGCCCAACAACGCCUACGACGAGGAGGACUGCGUGGAAAUGGUGGCCUCGGGUGGCUGGAACGACGUGGCAUGCCACAUCACCAUGCACUUCAUGUGCGAGUUUGACAAGGAGCACGUGUGAGCAGAGCCUGGCCGACCCCGGCCUGGUCUCCUAUAUUCCCCUAUAUUCGUGGCCAACAACGCAGGGCCCCUCGGUGGACCUGAAAAUUCAUUCCCAGUGUGUUAUGCGCGUCCUAUGGACAGAGGUUCUUUAAUUGAAGGCUAUUUUUCCCAUCCCAAAUCUCGAAGCACGGUAUAAACUUUAUAGGCUUAGGAAGGUGCAGGAGAAGUGUUUUUCUGGAGCGUCUUUUCGGAGAAAGUCAUUUUAUUACUUGUAAUCAAAAUGCUCAUUCUGUAAGCAUGGAAUUGCGCUUGCUUUUGUCCACACUAUAAAAAUCAAUGCUUUAAAUAUCACCAUAGUUAAGUACAAAAAGUGGUAGUGGAAUCUUACGUAACCAGCAACCUUUACAUUUUUUAAUAUGGAAAAAAAUCCCACCAAAUUCUGACCUCUUUUUGUAAAUUGUAUUAAAGCAUGUUCCUUUUCA